AUGGGGAAUUCAUAUGCAGGGCAACUAAAAUCUGCCCGAUUUGAAGAAGCUCUUCAUAACUCCAUAGAAGCUUCUCUGAGAUGUAGCAGCGUUGUCCCACGGCCAAUCUUCUCACAGCUGUACCUGGAUCCUGACCAGCCUCCUUUCUUGCCGGAAGAUGUGAAGCCAAAGGUAGAAGAGUUGGAUAAAGAGCUAGUACAUCGCUAUUCACAAAAUGGAAACCUGGACUUUUCUGCCAACCAAACUGUUAAUGAAAUGGAAGAUGAAGAAGAGGAUGAAGACAUGUCAGAUUCAAGUAGUCCACCAAUCCCGUAUUCACAAAAACCUGCCCCGGAAGGGUCUUGCACUACUGAUGGUUUUUGUCAAGCAGGCAAGGAUUUACGGUUAGUAUCUCUGUGCAUGGAGCAAAUUGAUAUCCCAGCAGGCUUCCUGUUAGUAGGAGCCAAAUCUCCCAACCUUCCUGAGCACAUUCUAGUCUGCGCUGUUGACAAACGGUUUUUGCCAGAUGAUCAUGGAAAAAAUGCACUUUUAGGAUUUUCUGGGAAUUGUAUAGGCUGUGGAGAAAGAGGAUUUCGGUACUUCACGGAGUUUUCUAAUCAUAUCAACCUGAAAUUAACCACUCAGCCAAAGAAGCAGAAGCACUUAAAGUACUACCUAGUAAGAAGCUCCCAGGGUGUACUGUCAAAGGGACCUCUUAUUUGCUGGAAAGAAUGUAGAAGCAGGCAAUCAUCUGCUGCUAGCCUCUCUGCUAAACCAAAUUCUUCGGUGUCACCGUCCGCGACCCCAGAGGGUGGAUCAGCUAAUGGAUACAAAUCAGGGUUCACUCAGACAGAUUCUUCAGUAUUCAGCCCAGCAAAAUCAUCUUCUGCUGUUAAUUUAAGUGGAACUCAAGACCCAACCCGGAACAAGAAUGUUGUGAAACCUCUGGCUUUGUCAGUGCAGCUCGUAGGAAAGGCGUUUUCUGCAGCUCCUCUUUCGCUGCGUACCACGGAUGUUGCUAAUGGAAACGCUAAUGGAGGAAGAAAUAAUGUAAUGAGUUCUACAGUUUCUCGGCCAAUGCCUCACUCGACGUCUCCAAGCCCUAGCUGUGCAGCUGGAGACCAAGCAUCAAUGUCCAGUUCUGGACCACCAAAGAAACGUCACCGGGGAUGGUCUCCUGGGUCCCCAGUCCCUCCUCCUGGUUUGGCAGUACCUGUUCCUACAGUUCGGCCUUCGGCAAGAACAGAGCCUCUUUUGUCAGUCCCAGUUCCUCAAUCCAUGUUAACCGGAAUUUUACAGCCUCAACCCAUCCCAGCGGGGGAGACUGUAAUAGUUCCUGAAAACCUGCUGAAUAACUCAGGAGUCAGGCCAGUGAUUCUGAUAGGUUAUGGCACUUUACCUUAUUUCUACGGAAAUGUUGGUGAUAUUGUUGUAAGUCCAUUGCUGGUGAAUUGCUACAAGAUUCCACAGCUGGAAAACAAGGAUUUGGAUCUCCUGGGUUUGACCAGCGGUCAGCUGCUAAGUGUGGAGAAUAUGAUACUUUUAACUAUUCAGUAUCUUGUCCAGCUAGGUCCUGACCAGAUACCCCUGAGGGAAGAAUUUGAGCAGAUCAUGUUGAAAGCUAUGCAGGAGUUCACUCUGAGAGAGCGAUCCUUGCAAAUGAGCGCACAGUGUGUCUCUGUGUCACCAGGUCAGCUCCCUUGGCUUGCUAGGUUAAUCGCUAGCGUGUCCCGGGACCUCGUGCACGUGGUCGUUACCCAGAACUCGCUGGCAGAGGGCAUCUCGGAGACCUUGAGGUCUCUCAAUGAAAUGAAACAUCAGCAAAAGCUACCCGAUUAUGUUGUUACUAUUUGUGCAUCAAAGAUAAGAGGAAACGAGUUCUGCGUAGUAGUCCUGGGUCAGUAUCAGUCUAGAGCCCUUGCAGAAAGCAUGCUUACCACCAGUGAAUUUUUAAAAGAGAUCAGCUAUGAGCUCAUCACCGGAAAAGUUAGUUUCCUGGCAUCACAUUUCAAAAAUACAUCUUUAGGUGAUGAUUUGGACAAGCUGCUGGAGAAAAUGCUACAGCAGCGAGGAGAAAGUGUCAUUAUUCCUUUUAACGGAGAUGUUAGUGAGUGUGUGUCAUCUCAGGAGGCAAUUGCCAUGGUUUCUACGCAAGAACCACAUUUGGAUGUUGAUACCUUCCAAAUUUACCAGCCGCAGCUUACAGUUGCCAGAAAGCUCUUGUCCCAGGUUUGUGCUAUAGCAGACAGUGGCAAUCAGAGCCUGGAUCUAGGCCACUUCAGCAAAGUAGACUUCAUCGUUAUAGUGCCCCGUUCAGAAGUCCUGGUGCAGCAGACCCUUCAACGGAUUCGACAAUCAGGUGUCCUUGUGGACUUGGGCCUAGAAGACAAUGGAACAGCCUAUCAGAGAGCAGAGAAAUACGUGGUUCGGCUAGACAAUGAGAUUCAAACCAAAUUUGAAGUUUUCAUGAGACGAGUGAAGCAGAAUCCCUAUACGCUGUUUGUGCUGGUUCAUGACAAUGCCCACGUGGAUUUAACAAGUGCCAUUUCAAGUUCCCUGUCACAUGGUGAGCCUAGUCAUGGUCUGGCUGAUAGAGUUAUUAAUUGCAGGGAGGUCCUUGAAGCAUUCAACCUCCUUGUUCUUCAUUUCCCUUAUGCCUUGCAAACGCAGCAGUCCAGGAUCAGCUCUAGCAAUGAGGUACAUUGGAUACAAUUUGACGCUGUGGAUGACGCAGCAAGUGAAGACAAGCUGUACUUUGGUUUGAAUGAAUACAGCAAAUCCCUCCAAUGGGGAGUCACAAGUCCCCUUUUGAGAUGUGAUGAAACCUUUGAAAAAAUGGUCAACACACUUCUAGAAAG